AUGGUUUGUUUGCUGUAUUCGGUUCAUUGGUACUGCGUCAAGUACGAUGAGUCUCGAGGCAGACCGGUUUUGAGUUACAUUGGAGGUCAGCAGUUUAAGAGCUCUUUGGUUGCUAGCGCUUCUUGGAGCUCUCAGCUUAGUGGAGAGUGUUUGGUGUUGUUAGAGAACGGCGAGGUCUUUGUGUUUGAACUGAAUGAGAGACAUUGCAGUGGAUUCAGAGGUUGCAAGAUGAAGGUUUCGUGGGAGGAUUAUCAAGGGAAGUGUUGGUUAGGGUGUGAGUUUGGUUGGAGGCUUGGGACUUUUAUCGUUGCUCGGUCUGAUGCAGUUUUUGUUAUCACCAGAACCUCUGGGAGUUGUUGUAGUGUGAGAGCUUUGUUGGAGUCUGAGAGUCUGGACAUGGCUGGAGCUGAAGAGUUUGUUGCGUUUGCCAAGGCGGCUAGUAGUGACCAUAGUUUUGGGUUUCUUCUAGCUUUUAGGAGCUAUCUGUAUCUUUGUGAUCAGAGGUCAGGAGUGCCUUUGUUGAAAUGGCAGCAUGAUGUUGAGAAGCUUUGCUUUAUUGAUGUUUAUAGCUUGUCUGAUCUCGGGUUUCGGACAGAUGAAUCAACCACUUCAUGCGUUGUAGUAGGGUCGUUUUGGAAUGCAGAGUCUCAGAUGUUCUGUUAUGGACCUUCUCCUUCUGUUGCCAGUGAUCCUUCUUCCUUGUAUGUCUGGGAGCUUCCACACAAUCUACUCUCACCAGCUGGUAAAUGUCUAUGUGGAGAUUGUGCAAUUAGAGAAGUGAUAAUGAAAGAGUCUCUCCCCGUCUGGAUCGAUUGGCAGAAGAAGAGAGUUCUUGUUCUUGGCUUUGGAGUUUUAAACAAGUACCUUCCAUCACUCAGUUCAUCAGAUGGGUUUACUUUGAUUCAGUUAAAAUCCUCAGGGAAGCUAGAAGCACUCAAGUUUCGUUCUUCUCCUAGCUUGGGAGGAGUAGUGACUCACAGAGACUCCACCUCUGACGAGGUGAACUUAUUGUACUUCCCUGAUGAUAACAUAUACAAACUCCCUCGUCGGUUCAAAUACCUCGAACUAGACUAUCUCUCUGCUUACACAAAAGGGAACCUCACCAAGUUGUUUGAAUCGAGGAUUAGUAAAAAUAGACCAUCAGGAGGUUCGAAGAAGAAGAGCGAUCCUCUCAGCUUAACCUACCACGAGGAGCUAUGCGAGAAGCUGAAUCUCUGCGGGUUCGGUAGAGAUAGAUGCUCCUCCACAGUUACUGCAGUCUUCGACAGUAUCAACUCACCAACAAGCGUUUUCGAUAUCGCGUUGAGAGAGACCUGGUCAAGCUUACCUAUAGAGCUUUUGUUGCUUGCGUUCUCAAACUACACUGAGGUUGAAGGUGUUCUGUUAGACAAGAAGAAACCGUCUCUCGAGUUCUUAUCUGUUCCGGAGUUUCCGCAGCUCCGCAACGGUUGUGUAAAUUUAGAACAACAAGAGUUAUUCUCGCCAGAUGCAGAGUUCGCUGAGAGGUGCAACCAAAUCUCCAAAGCGGCUAGUGAAAUGGCAAACUCAGGUGCAGGCGAGACAACCAUACCACUUGACGAUGACAUGUGGUUUUCAGAGAAGGAGAAGAAGCGGUUCAUUGCUUAUUCUCCAAUCACAAAGACAGAUGAUUCAGAAGAACUCGCAAAGUUUGUCUCCUAA